AUGGAGACCUCAGCAAAUUUUAUUCCUCUUGGUGGAGUGGGGGAGACCUUCGAGUUCGAUCAACCAAUGAAGAAACGCGAUGCAGGCUAUAGAAAUAAGUCGCUUUCCUCUGGAAAGCCUAAGGUUAUUGGUGCUACAAAGGGCAUGUCUGAACGGUCGCGAAUUGCGCGUGAAGUACGCCUUGCGGCAAAGAAGGAGAAGAAGAAGGCCAAGUCCGAUGCAAAGAAGGCUAGAAAACUAAAUGGUAUUUUAACUAGACGAGCGACUCGUAACCCGGAAAAAUAUAAUAAGAAUAAGGAGAGGAAUCGCCUCCACGCAAUCGAUGUCGAACGUUACAAGAUUCGCCUGAAUGCCGUCAAUCAAGCUCAAAGAUUAGCUGCCGUCCAUGAUCCAAGUGGAGUAUCGUUUAAUGUGGGAGAGGUUGUUACAUUAGAGGACGGAACUGUGAAGAGCAAGAAAAGUUUAGAGAGGAAGCAAGAACUUGUCGCAGGAAAGAAGCCAAUCGAAAACGAAGAUGCUGCUGUGCCAGAAGGUGUCAACCCAGAACGGCUUAAGCUUCUCGAGGGAGAGAAGAAAUCACACAUUUCGAAGACGGCACUCAAGAAAAAGAAGAUGUACGAACCCAAACCUGUUCCACCAAAACCGAUCAUUCCAGAGGGCAUAUCUUUACCGGACGGGGAGGAGAAUUGGCUCGCAUUGUGGGAUAUUUCAGACGGACAGAUUGAGCAGAGACUUGCAAUAGCCAAGAGAGACGCUGGAAAUGCAAAAAGAGAUCUUAGAAGACAACAAAGGGAAGAAGCUAGAUUCAGAAGAAUGAUGAAGGCGAAGAGAAGAACAGCACAGAAAAUGGGUGUUACUUUCGAUCCUGUGCAAGCGAAGAACGAGAUUUUGGGCAAUAAUGAUGAAGAGGACGAGGAAGCUUCUGAUUCUGGAGCUGAAACUAACUCUGAUUCAGAUUCUGAUUCAGAGUCGGAUAGCGAUAAUGGAGACGAUUCCGAUGAGACCAAGGCCAAGAAAGCGGAAGAGAAGAAACAGCAGCCUAAGUUCAACCUAGACGAGAAUCAAAUAAACUCAAUUGUCAAAAGGGAAAUACAGCGCGUCAAGAAAGAUACUCGAAGGCAGGAGAAAGCAAUGGGUGUAUACGAAAAGGAGCCAAAAGUCAUGACCGAAGAAGAAAAAGCUGCGUUGAAAGAGGCCCGUGUGAAGCGCAAAGCCGAGAAGAAAUUGGAGAAAAAAGCUAAGAAGGAAGAGGAGGCAAAAUUGGGAAUCGCAGCUUUGAAGGGGAAGCAAAAUCGAAAGGCGAGAAAGGAAUUGAGGAGAGCGGAGAGGGCUGCUAAGGAAGCUCCAGAACCACCAGUAGAAGUAGAAGAAUCCAAAAAGCGCAAACGCUCCAAGGAAGAAAAAGAAUCCUCGAAGCGAAAGAAGUCAAAAUCCACUUCUGAAGAAGAAGAAGAACCUGCCAAGAAAGAGAUAGCAGCGCAGUGGAAUGCAGAUGCGUUAGAUGGGGAUGCGGAGAGGAAGAGUAAAUUUUUGAGAUUACUGGGUGCAGGGAAGGGAGGAGCUGUUAGUGGGAAGGGGGCCGAGACGAAGGGGAAGGGAAAGGACGACAUUGAAAAGGUGCAGAGUGAGUUAGAGAGACAGUAUGAUUAUGGUAUGAAGAUGAAACAUGAUGGGGGUGCGAAGAGGAGGGGUUUGGAAUCAGUGUUCAGAAACUAG